CCAGCAUCGAGGAGAUUGAUUGAUUUCUAAAAGACGAUUUAUUUUUAAUAAUGAUAACUCGAAGUGGUUUGUCUUCGGAGACAUAUGGCCACUUACAAAUGGUGUUGGAGUAUUUUGGAUAGGGGGAAAGAUUGUUCCGAUUGGCCUAAUGACUUACUUCAGUAUGAGGAAGACUCCUGGUCGGAUGAAUGAAGCUGUGCCAUUACAAAUUAUGUGCUAGAACGUCAGAGCUGAUGCAUUCAAAUAGAGCCACUAUGCCAUAUGGGACAAAUAUCAAUCCAGCUCCAUUUGUCUUAUCUAUCCGAGCCGAACUCUCUACUUUGACGCAAUGUCUUCCUUGAACGAGCUCCUCAAACUCGCAAGCCCAGUUCGCGCGCAUGCCUUGAAAACCUUUAGCGUAACUGCACAUCCGGACGAGGUGCUCCAAAUCCCCUCGCGGGAAGAAGGGCGCUUUAUUCGAAUCCAUGCCUACAACACACUCAAUCAGGAUACUCCGAGUUCAAUUCUCGUGAAUUUCCAUGGGAGCGGAUUCGUGAACCCUUUAUAUGGGAGUGAUGAUGAGUUUUGGGGAAUAGUGUCUCUGGUUCUCAGCUCGGUGAUCUUACCUCCAGGAACAUUCAAAAAUGUGCUUGCCGCCUAUCCUCCAACAGACAUGGCCCAAAGUUCCGCAGACAAGAUUGCCCCUGAUACAUCCAUAGACAACGUGAAGAGUAACCUUGCUUCACCAGCCGUAAUACCAGCAGAGAGGUUCUCAGAUAGAACCUUUCUCGUUACUGCGGCUUGUGAUCAGCUCUGUCUUGAGAGAGAGACGCUUGGAUAUAGAAUCAAAGAUAUGACAAGCACGCAUGUCAAGAUGUACAGGUAUGACGGUUGUGGGCAUACUUUUGACAAGGCAUAUGAGACAGGAUCGGUCCAGGAACGAGUGAUGAAUGACCUCUACGACAAGAUGGCCGUAUUUUUAAUGGAAUAA